AUGUCGCCCAUGCAAACAGGCUUUUCGACGUCAUCACACUGUGGUGAAGGCUCCUCAGAUGGCCAAGUGAACCGCAUGACAACGCAGCUCUCGAGCGAUGCCCCGGCACACCACCUCGACGGCGCGGCUCGGACAUGCACAAACCUGCCCUCCGCCCGAGAUCAAGCUCGCAAGGCACAGCGCUUCUAUGGUGCAGCUGUGCCCUUCACCAGCGUGCCCUCUCUCGGGCAUCGAGCUCAUGUGGGGCACCAGCUCGAUGGGGCAUUGGUGCCCUCGAGCCCCACGACAGAAACCCUCUCGGGCUGCCCUGAAACUGACGUCGGACGCCGGUCCUGCACUGCGCCGGUACACGACAUCUUAACAUCACUGAGAGAGACCAAGACCACUCCUCGUUUAGCGCAGUUGGAGGAGCCGGCCUCAGAUUCCUCUUCGCUGGGGCACAUACAGACACCAGCUCCGGUCGUGCUUGACACGCCUACAGUGCAGGCGCUGGAAGAGCCCAAGGCAUCCAUCGCUGUGCUCAAUGACGAGUUUCAUGACGGCGCUGAAGACACUCGCAGCAACCACUCCAACGACAGCAACACCGAAUCCCGCGCGGCAAACACCGACGAGCAGGGUUUUUCGCCGAGUAUAUCGAAUCCUGCGACGUUGCCAGAGACCACGACCGCCUUCGCGCACGUGACAGCACCUCUCGUGUCCUGUCCGCCUUUUGCGAAGGUACCGGAAGAGCCCAUGACACACACCAGUGACACCGCUGCGCUCAUAGACCCACCGGAGCUGCUUCUGCUGCUUCGAGAGCAUUCCUUGAACGAAUGCGCACUCGGUCACCUGAUGCUGAGUGACAAGGUUCUCCGGGACAAGCUCAAGAAUGUUGCCCUAUCUAUAAUCCCAGAGCCCAUUGAAGUACUAUCAUCUAUCCCGAAGAAGCCUGCUGUAGAACCCCCAGCCAACGCACCCGGCGUGCCUUCUCGGAUGCUGUUCCGGCAAGCUUCUUUGGCCGUGCCGCAGGGCAGCAGUUUGCGCCUUCUCCGACUGGACGUUCCGUACGUGGCACGCCGAGGAGAACCCGUGUGGCUGAACUGCAGCUACGACCUCGAGCGUGACCAGCUCUACUCCAUCAAGUGGUACAAGAACAAUGUCGAGAUCUACCGGUACUUGCCCAGCGAGACGCCUCGAGUGAAGGUCUACAACAUGCCCGGCAUUCAUAUCGAUGUGCUCCGCUCCAACGUGAGUGACCUCUACUUAAACGACACCGAUUUAAACUCGGAGGGCAAGUACCGGUGCGAGGUCUCAGCCGAAUCGCCGUCGUUCCAGACAGAACGUGCCCAGCAGGAGAUGAUCAUGUACGUGCUGCCCCUGGAGGAUCCGAUCAUUAGAGGGCUCCGCAGCCAGUACCAAAUUGGGGACCCAGUCAACUUGACGUGCUCCUACGGACCCAGCAAGCCCAACGCCUCGCUCACCUGGUACAUUAACGAUAGGAAGGUGCCGACUGGCAGCGAGGAAGUGGUGGAGAACGGCCAUUUCGUGGACGCCGAGAGUCUGUGGCACGCCCAUUCUCGCGUCUCGUUCGUGGCGCAAGCUAGCCACUUCUGGCACGGAACCAUGGAGGUGCGCUGCGCCUCACACUCGGCGCUUCCUUACUUCGUCAGCAGCGAGGAGCUCACCAUCAGGGACUAUGGACGCAGCGUCGACGUGUCCGGGCCUCGUAUAAAUGGUCCCCGGCUGGAAGGCGCCAGAGAUUACUACAGUCUUGGCAAUGUGGUCGACCUAAGCUGCCGAGCGGACGCCACCUCGCAUGAGCUCAAGUGGCACAUUAACGACAGGGAGGCUCCGGAUGCGUACGUGUCUUCCCCCUCGAACGGCGCUGCCACACUGCGCCUCAACUUCCGGCUGGCUGAGCAACACUUCAGCAAAGGCGAGUUGCGCCUCAAGUGCGUCUCGCGACAGCUGCGCGAGUUCACGGCUUCCAGCGAGCUGCGUGUGCCGGUCAGCGACAAGCGCCACAGCUCGGGCCUGCAGGUCUACUUUGCAAGGGCUAACGGCAGCAGGCAGAACGAGGACUUCCGAUGGGUGGCCCUGUUGCUCCUGGUUGUGUUGGUGGCUUCGACGUAGUUGGACCUGUAGUUAGAGGGCCAUUCAGCGCCACCGGGCCAAGGCGACUCUUAGCAGUGACAAGUCUCCGGGUGGGAACUACGUGCGCCUCUUCUUCGCAACCAGACAACGACUAAGAGGACGUGCUUCGCGCUCGACGUCGAGCACGCCUUUGUUGCUCACAGCUGCUCAGGCGCUGGCGGUGCAUUGCUCCUGUGUCAAUCUUCCUUUCUUUUGCUCCGGGAAAACUUGUUUUUUUCUCUCGAAAAUUGCUUUUGCCAAAACUCUCCCUGAACGUAUACUCAUGGCGGCGCACUCGUCGGUCAGAUGCCGUUUCCGGUAGACAGAAUUUCAUGGAUCGCAGUCACCUUACCUGUGAUUGGUGCCCAUUCUGAUGAGAUAGCUGUGCUGAUGAGCACAUCGCACAAAAGCACCGGCGAAAAAGAAAGACCGUCUAUAGCUAAGGCACAUAGAGAGACGUGACAACGGCGAGUCAGCUUCGGAGGAGCCUGCAAUGUGGAGGAACUUUAGAAAAAAAAGGGGGGGAAAGCUUUCUCUCUCGUUCACUAUAGAGAAGCAAAAAGUAACGAGGCGCACCAUUCGAGGGGUUUUUUGAAAGCUAGGUUUGCGGAUGAAGAGAGAUUUCUCAUGUUAUUGGUGCUGCUUUUUCUUAACGAGAGUAUCUCUUAACUUGAUGAAGCUCCCUUUGCAAAGAAUUGGUAUCACUUUCUAUGGUAGCGCCGCAGUGCUGCAGCCGGAGGAGUUAUUCCAUUCGAUGGGAUACGUGUGAGUCAAGCUGCCUGGCAAAAUUUUCCAGGGAGUUGCUUGGGGAUCUCACACGGGAUCUUGAGCACCAUGCCUGAUUAAGCAUUUCCUCCCUACAUUGGGGAGGGUAACAUACCUACUGACAAUAUUGUGCGAUGUUUUAUUCAACAAAAACCUUCAUAUAGAGAAACUUGACACCGAUAGCCGUGUCAUAUACGUACAUCCCCAUAAUAUACUUCAAGGAUCUCCGUGUAAAGGACCAUUGUAAAUAGAACUUAAACGCGCCGAACCAGCAGGUUUUGUCGUCUGAAUCUUCAUUACCGCAAGAGAAAUUGUACACAAUGAGGAUUUUUCCGGGCUUCUCGUUUAUCGUCGUA